AUGGAGACGGAGGCAGAGCGUACGUCCCGUCUGUAUGCAGAAGCCGAGGCGAAACGGAUUUCUGAGCAAAUCGACGACGACCUGCGGGAGGAGAGGGAGCGAUUGAAGAAGAAGAAGGGCGACGUCAAAGUCAAUGCGCUUUACAAUUAUGCGCCGCAUAUACUCAUCCUGCGCUGCAAGCUUCUUCUCCUUGGUCAAGCCGAGAGCGGGAAAUCGACGCUGCAGAAACAGUUCCAGCUCAUGUAUAAACCCACUUCGAUGGAUCAAGAACGCGCAUCUUGGACAGCGGUCAUCUACUUCAACGUCCUACGCUUGGACGACACUCUUGACGAAGACGCCGAGGCGCAACCUACAUCGGCGGACGAUUCACAGUCUAUCAUACCAAAGAAGGCUCGCGGGAACGGUAUCGCAGAUCAGCCGUCACCAUCUACUUCUCUCUUGACCGGCAGCAUCAUCCAAGGAUCACCAAGCUCCCUGAUGCCGUCGGAGGCCGGCGGCUUCCACUCCCAUUCGAUGAAAGAGGGCGGCGCCCUUCAGAUAGCCAACCUUCGACGCAGGUUGUCCCCACUGGUAGCUGCGGACGCACAGCUCGCGGAGAGACUCAGUGGUGGAAUCUCGGUGUCUGGUUCUGGUGAGGGCGGCGUCUUUGUGCGGAGUGGUUGGCAGGCCCGUACCAUCGAGAAUGCUCUCGGAAGGAUCAAACAAAAACGCCCUUCGGUCGAAAGCGAGAAGAAGACUCGUGAGAUUGAAACCCAGGAACCGCAGGACCCUUUGGUUCAGGACGUUAGGCGAAUGCUGGAGCAUAUCCGGGAGUUGUGGCAUCAUCCCACUGUUAAGGGGUUAAUCGCCAAACGGAAACUGAAACUUGACGAGUGGUCCGAAUUUUUCCUGAAGAACAUCACGCGUGUCGCAUCGCCGGACUACGUCCCAAGCAUAGGUAAAGUAGUUAUUCUUGCUGUUUAUCGCGCACAUAUUCACCUUAUCCCACCAGACGACAUCCUCCAUACUCGUAUCCAAACUAUGGGAGUCGCUGAGCACAUCUUUGAUGUGAACAUCCACGGGAAAUCUGUGACCUGGCAUCUAUUUGACGUAGGUGGUGCUCAAGGACAGAGACACUCGUGGGUGCCAUACUUCGAUGAUGCGAACGCUAUCAUUUUUGUUGCUCCCUAUCUCGAAGAAGACCCUCGGACGAACAAGAUAGACGACUCGCUGCAAUUAUUCACGCAAAUAUGUUCGAACGCUGCUGAAAAACGUUCACUUGAUAAGACGGAUCUGCUGAAGGCGAAGCUCGACACCGGACUCAAGGUCCGGAAGUACAUCACGUCCUUCGGCGAUCGGUCCAACGAUUACGAGACCGUCGUUCAAUACUUCCGCGCUCACUUCCUGCAGGUUCAUAGACGAAACAACGAGAAUUGUCGGGUGCUGUAUACUCAUUUCACGAGUGUAGUGGACACAAAGGCGACGCAGCGUAUCAUUGGAAACGUUCGCGACUCAAUCUUCCGAGGUUACCUCCAGUCUGCAGCCCUCGUUUGA